GUGCCACCCAUUUCACAUCAAAUGGCAAACAGUCAUGCAAGGGAAUGACCAUCGCGCGAUGGUCUGGGGUUGUAUGAUGAACACGGCUCUAUAACAAACGAGUAAAUCGUGGAUUGGCACAGCAGUUCAAUCCUGCAUUUAGACAGUUACACCAUUUUAGGUGGUCCACUUAGGUCUAUGUUUGCCGAGCAGAUGUCAAACUUUGUAAACGUGUGGGAAUCGCAGCGGCCAAAUACUUUCUCGGUACUGUGUUGCCAAUGUGGAUGAGUUCACGCUGCUCAUUUGAAGUAAGGUAUGAGCCGCUGGCGCUCGAUGAAGGUCUGCGGCACCGCGCCGUCAUCGGCAAGGGCACCGAGGAGGAGCUGGUGGUGCGCGGCUACUGUCGCAGCCUGCCCCUCAGCGCCAUCUUCUGGGUGGGGUCGCUGGCGCUGGGCCUGUGGCCCCUGCUGGUCACCUACUGGCGGCCGGACUGGCGGCUGCGGCUCACGCACGGGCGCUGUCCACUCCGGUGCGCCACGGCCGUCCUCCUCACGGACCUGCACGGCCGGACGUCGGUGGAGUCGGUGGUGAGCGAACGUGCCGGACCGGCGACGCCACCCCCGUUUCGGAUCAGGAGGACGGCGGCGGAGGCGGCGGACCGCAGUCCGCUCCUGUUGCAUCAGGACGAGGACGAGGACCACAUUCGCUACUUCUGGUCGUACCACCUGAAGUACACCUGGAACCACGAGACCGGCUGUUUCGUCCAGCUGAGCGGCCUGGACAGGGGUGUCAGGGUCUCCCAGCUGCUGGCGAAUUACAACGGGUACUCACCGGCGGAGCAGGCAGACAGGCUGUCGCUGUACGGAGAGAACAGGAUUACCGUCCAGGUCAAGUCGUACCUGCGCCUUCUCGUCGAGGAGGCGCUGAAUCCGUUUUACAUCUUCCAAGUCUGCAGCCUGACGCUGUGGGCGCUCGACGACUACGAGAUCUACGCCACCUGCAUCUUCGUCAUCUCGGUCAUCUCGAUCGGCGUCUCCCUCUACGAGACCAGGAAGCAAAGCGAGACGCUGCGGGACAUGGUACUCGCCUCGGCGGUCAGCACGGUGACCGUUCGGCGCAGCGACGGAGGUCAGCACUCAGCGCGCCUUUGCAGAGGUGGUUCGAGCUGGACUGCGAGCGUCUGGUGCCGGGAUGAUGUGCUCGUGCUGCCCGAGAGCGGCUGCUCCAUGGCCUGCGACGCCGUGCUGGUGGCCGGCUCCUGCAUCGUCAACGAGUCCAUGCUCACCGGGGAGAGUGUGCCCGUGACGAAGACUCAGCUGACCGCGGGGAGGAGGGGGAGCUGUUCUCGCCCGAGAACCACACGGCACACGCUGUUCUGCGGCACGCAGGUUAUCCAAGACGCGCUUUCUAUCGGCAACAGCCCGGUGCUCGCGGUGGUCAUCCGCACAGGCUUCAGCACGGCCAAGGGCGAGCUCAUCCGCUCCAUCCUCUUCCCCAAGCCCAUGGGCUUCAAGUUCUACCAGGACUCGAUGAGGUUCAUCGGCUUCCUGUUCCUGCUUUCGGUCAGCGGGCUGGCGUACACCGUGUACCUGUACGUCAUCAGAGGCGCGUCCGUGCGGCACACAGUGCUGCGCGCCCUGGACAUCAUCACCAUCGCGGUGCCGCCGGCGCUGCCGGCCGCCAUGACGGUCGGCACCGUGUACGCGCAGAACCGGCUGAAGGUGGCCAGCAUCUUCUGCAUCUCGCCACCGCGCAUCAACGUCUGCGGCAAGCUCAAGCUCUUCUGCUUCGAUAAGACGGGCACGCUGACAGAGGACGGCCUGAGCAUGUGGGGCGUGGUGCCGUGCUCUCCGGCCGGCUUCGCGCCGCCCGAGCGGCAUGUGCCGGCCCUCAGCGACCGCAGCGAGCUGAAGGUGGCGCUUGCCGCCUGCCACGGCCUCACGCGGCUGGCCGGCCAGCUGAUCGGGGACCCGCUCGAUGUCAAGAUGUUCGAGGCCACCGACUGGCCGGGCGGCUGA